GGUAAUUUCGUAUCGCACAGUUUUCACCAAUGAUAGAGUGUCAAAUGCAUGACGUUAACCCAAUGGCCAAUGGCAAGGCAUAUUUUGUGUAGCUACAUUUGCAUGAUGUUACUAUAAAUAAUAGGGUGGCAGUUGAAGAAGCUGGGCUUCAGUUCGUGUUCCCAACGCUGAAGCGAUGCCAGAUCCAGCUAAAUCUGCCCCUGCUCCCAAAAAGGGAUCCAAAAAGGUCGUGACAAAGACGCAGAAGAAAGGAGAUAAAAAGCGCCGCAAACCAAGGAAGGAGAGCUAUGCUAUUUAUGUGUACAAAGUGUUAAAGCAGGUCCAUCCAGAUACGGGCAUCUCCUCUAAGGCAAUGGGCAUUAUGAAUUCGUUUGUUAAUGACAUCUUCGAACGCAUCGCAGGCGAAGCCUCACGUCUUGCCCAUUACAACAAGCGUUCGACAAUCACAUCCCGAGAAAUUCAGACUGCGGUGCGCUUGCUUCUGCCCGGGGAGUUGGCCAAGCACGCCGUCUCUGAAGGUACCAAAGCCGUAACGAAGUACACAAGCUCCAAGUGAAACGGGCAAAGACAAGGAGCUCAAGAUAGCAUAUGUAGACUUUUGAUUCUCUUCCAGAAGAUUGGACACUUGAUCGACAAACUGUUGCCUCAGCCACAAUUCCUGCCCAUCAGACUGGAUAUAAGGCGUAAAUAACGCGUUAGUACCAGUGCCACAUUGAUGUUAAUGUACAAAAAAAACUCAAGGCUGUUCGAACAAUCAAUUAAUUAUUUGGUGUUACUAUCUGGCUCACUAUCUGGCUGUUACUGUCUGGCUCAUAAAUGAAAAAAAAACCGCUUUAUAUAAUUGCUGUAGCUUCUUGGAUGUCUGAAUUCAUUUGUAGCCUAUUCCACUGGGAAAGGGAGGAGUUCGUGUCUCAUCAGUUGUAGUUGCCGUUACCUUGAUGCCCUGUGACAGGUGUCAUUUGACUGCAGACUGCUUGACAAGAGAUUUGACAUAUGCUUUUAUUCCGUCCACUGUAUCGGGGCAAGUCUUCAUAUUAAAUAUCGUGUUGUGUUGUACAACCUGAGUGGGCCUUUAAAUAAACUGGUUGUCAACAUCA